CUGGAACACAUUAAUCCACAAAAACAAAAUUGCCACACACACACACAUGUUCUUGUUAUUCAUAGAUGGCACAUGAUAGAGUGACUCAUGACAACAACAGGCAGGUUGGGGCAGGAAUGGCGCUCCUGCAGAUCUUUAACAUGGAGGAAGGUGCAGGAGGCGGACGAUGAUCAUCCCGGAAGGCCGGGCCCGCAGCUUUUCUCCAUCCUGUCUCCACUACUCGUUCAUAUUUAUGCAUUAGGCGUUUCUGCAGUGAGCCGCUGGAUAUUGAUGUGUUUUAAGGAGGUGUCCCUAGUCCUCCCCUCCCCUGCACCCUCCCCUCUCCUCCCUCUCUGCUCCGUGCUGCUGCUUCGCGGGUCGUCGGUGCGCUCAGACGCGCUCCGCGUUCAGACUUGUAAGGACCCCGAUGGCCCCCAACCAGAGGGACUGCGCUAACCAGACGACCAGCCCCAGCUUCAAGCUCCCCUAGCGAAGGCAGGACUCUGAGAGCCUGCUCCCGGAAUACCGCAUUGUUUUAUAAUUUCCAGCAGGAGAGUGAAAGGUGAUGGUGCUGAUGAUGCGCCCGCGAUGGUGGAUUUCCCUUUUGUGCGUCUGUGGAUUGAUGCACGUCGGCCACCAGAGCAGCCCUGAUGCCCAAAAUGGAGACGCCUUGUCGAGCUUGAAGGCUCUUCGUGAUGCAGGCAGGUUUGUGGGAAAGGAGGACACGGUGCCUCUCCGCCUGCUCUACAGCAGGCACAACCACAGCCAGAUCACAGAGGAUGAGCUCAGCACCAGGGUGAAAGCCAGCUCCGGCUCCAGCCAGGUGAACCAUGUGGCCCAAGCAAGCUUUCAAGUGGACGCUUUCGGCAGAAAAUUCAUCUUGGAUGUGGAAUUGAACCACGAUCUGCUGUCUUCGGGGUAUGUGGAGAGGCAUUUGUCAGAAAAAGGGAAGACUGUCAUCACCAAUGGAGGAGAACACUGCUACUAUCAGGGGAAGGUCAGAGACGUUCCUCACUCCUUUGUGGCUGUCUCAACCUGUCACGGUUUGCAUGGGAUGUUUUUUGACGGCAAUCACACCUACAUGAUCGAACCUGGAGGACAGGGAAGCAGCAAUGGAGAUGUCCGCAUUCACAUGAUAUAUAAAUCUGCAGGGCAUGAAGGAUUUAAUGAUCUCUUCAAUGGUGAUUUUCCAGAGCCGCCUUUUCCCAGCCCCCCAUUUCCCGGGUCAAAAGUUGUUCACAGGAGAAAAAAGAGACAGGCUCCAAGUGUGUCUCACAGUGUAGAAGAUGAGACCAAAUACGUUGAGUUGAUGGUGAUCAAUGACCAUUUAAUGUACAAGAAGCAUCGGCUUUCUGUUGGGCUCACGAAUAACUAUGCUAAGUCAGUGGUCAAUAUGGCUGACAUGAUUUUCAAGGAACAGCUCAAUACCCGGAUUGUGCUGGUUGCCAUGGAAACGUGGUCAGCUGACAACAAAUUCAACAUCGAUGUCGACUCGAUGGUGACGCUGAAGGAGUUUAUGAAGUAUCGAAAAGACUUCAUCAAGGAGAAAUGCGACUCUGUUCACCUCUUCUCAGGGAAUCGUUUCCAUAGCAACUGGGGGGGAGCUUCCUACAUGGGAGGCGUUUGCUCCCUCACUAAAGGAGGGGGGGUCAAUGAGUAUGGGAAAGCAGAUGAGAUGUCCAUAACCCUCGCCCAGUCACUUGGACAGAACAUCGGCAUCUUCUCUGACAAGAAGAGGAUCCUCAAUGGAGAGUGCAAGUGUGAUGAUCGUUGGACGGGCUGUAUCAUGGAUGAUGUUGGAUUCUACCUGCCCAAGAGGUUCUCCGACUGCAACGUGGAGGAGUACUAUAACUUUCUGAACAGCGGUGGAGGAGCCUGCCUGUUCAACAAACCUCUGAAGCUGCUGGACCCUCCUAUUUGUGGAAAUGGCUUUGUGGAGCCGGGAGAGGAGUGUGACUGUGGCAGCCCGGUGGAGUGUGCCAUAGAGGGGGAGGCCUGCUGUGACAAGUGCACCCUGACCCAAGGCUCCAAGUGCAGCAACGGACUCUGCUGCAACAGCUGCCAGAUGGAGUUUGCGGGAGUCGUGUGCAGAGAUGCAGUGAACGACUGUGACAUCCCAGAAAACUGCACAGGCAACUCCAGCCAGUGUCCAGCUAAUGUGCACAAGAUGGAUGGCUACACGUGUGAAAAGGACCAGGGUCGCUGCUUCAAUGGAAGAUGCAAAACCAAAGACAGACAGUGCAAGUACAUCUGGGGAGAGAAAGCAACAGCGGCCGAUAAGUUCUGUUACGAGAAGCUGAACAUCGAGGGGACAGAGAAGGGAAACUGUGGGAAGGACAAGGACACCUGGAUCCAGUGUAACAAACAGGAUGUUCAUUGUGGGUAUCUGCUGUGCUCCAACAUCUCCCCCUCCCCGCGACUUGGAGAGAUGCAGGGAGGACUCACCUCCUUCUCAGUGGCCCGGCACAGUGCUUCUCUUGACUGCAGCGGGGCUCACGUGGUGAUCGACGGAGACACUGACCUGGGAUACGUCGAGGACGGGACGGCCUGUGGGACCGACCGCAUCUGCUUCAAUCACAAAUGUAUCCAGAUCCAACAGUUCAACUUCAGCACCUGUCCCGGGUCCACUGACAAGAUGGUCUGCUCCGGACACGGGGUGUGCAGCAGUGAGCUGAAGUGUGUGUGUAACCUGGGCUGGGCGGGAGAGGACUGUAACUCCACGUCUCCUCUCAGCUAUCCCGUGGUCGGACCCACCGCCCCAGAUUCUGGUUACACCAGUACCAACAUCAUCAUCGGGGCCAUCGCAGGCUCCAUCCUCUUCCUCGCCCUCAUCCUGGCUGCUACAGCCUGGGGUUACAAGAGCUACAAGCAGAGACGCUAUGAAGAAUCUGAAGUUCACCGAAGAUUCUGCCGGCAAAUGCCCCCAGGUGACUAUGUAACAAAGCCUGGGGAUGCAGACUCAUUUUACAGUGACAUGCCUCCGGGGGUCAGCACUAACUCCGGCUGCAGCUCCAAGAAGAGAUCUAAUGGCCUAUCACACUCGUGGAGCGAGAGAAUCCCAGAUGCCAAACACAUCUCUGACAUCUGUGAAAAUGGGCGACCGAGAAGCAACUCAUGGCAAGGAAAUCUGAGUGGGAAUCGUAAGAAACUGAAAGGAAAGAAGUUCCGUGCUCGCUCCAACUCCACAGAGACGCUGUCCCCUGCCAAGUCUCCCACUUCCUCUACAGGAUCUAUUGCAUCCAGCAGGAGAUACCCUUACCCCAUGCCCCCCCUCCCCGAUGACCAGAGGAAAGCCAACAGGCAGAGUGCCAGGCUGUGGGAGACAUCGAUAUAACCGCCUUCUUAUCCGCUCUGCAAAAGAUCUCAAGGAAUUACACUUGUGUCUCCUUUUCUAUGAAUGAAAAACACAAAAACGAAACAAAAUUGACUCUAAACGAUUUAAGAGAAAUGGAGAGAAAGCCCCCCACUGGAGUGGAAAUAGGCAAAGGUGUGUGUGAGUGAGUGUGUACAAGCAUCUCCGAGGCUUUUCUCGCCACACGGCGUCAUUCAGCGGGUGACCAUGCGGAUUGCCGGCGGAGAAACCAGCUCCACAUCCACUCCAGAUCAGCUGGAGCUCAGACUGAGCUGUUCCUGUCUGCUCAGGCCUCAUUUAUGGGGCUGGAAACCCCCCCCGACCCCCAACCUUAUCUUACACCUCACACAACCUCUUUACAUCCCCUCUCGUCAUACCCACUUCAACGCCACUUCCCCGUGUUUUGAGCUCCUCUCUAAAAGGAGCAGUGGAGCCAGGAGCAGGUCAUCAUAUCACUCUGCACCUCUGGAUCAUUCUGACGCACGUGAAUCACUGUAGAAACUCCAACACUGUAUGCAUGAGACAACCCUGUUUAUUACAACCUCCUCCUACUGAAGAGACGAGAAGAACCCAAGUCUGAUCUGAGAGGAAAGCAUGCGAGGGGGCAGUGAUUUUAAUACUUUCUGUAGGCUUAGGUACUUUCUCUCCACCAUAGGUAACCCAUAUAGUAUCACCAGUAAUAGCCCAUAACCCCCUGACCCCACCCUGCUCCUCCUGCCCCUCGGUUUGUUUGUGCUGUGUACAUAUGUACAGUGAAAAUACACACAGAGUAUGUUUUUUGCUUUUAUUUUGGCAAUAGAGUCGUCUCUUCCUGCUGUAUUGUGUUGUAGACAGAAGCGGAUUCUCUGUAGAAAAGCGUAAGACACCCCCGCGCUCGUUCUUCUGUCUGUGUUUCUAUUUUCCGUCCUCUUGUUUUUCACUCCUCUGGCUUUUUUCUGUGUGAUUGUGGCCUCGAUAGCUUUCUCCAUCCACAGCAGAAUGUAAAGGUGUUUUUUUUACAUUAUCUUAGCACUGGUUUUUAUUCAUCUCUGGGAGAAAUACACAAACAUCCAGUAAUAACUGAGGAUUGUUUGAGUGGAUUGUGGCACAUUAAGAGUGUUGAUGAGUAUUAUUUAGGAAGAAUUCAAUAGUUUUAUGUGCCAUUCCUGAGAGAAAUGAAUGGGAUGUGUUUGGUGUAGUUAUAGGCGUGCCAAUUUUCACUCAUUUUUGGAAAUUCACCAUUGAUAAUGUUAAGAUGUGUUUAGUUCCCUAAGUUCUACAUUUGGAGGUUUUUGAGGCCAACAUGCUCCUUUUUCUACAAUAGGCAGCACACGAGGUGGCUCAGAUGAGAUGUGAGAAUAACAUGAGUGCGGAUGAUGACCUGAUUAGGACAAGGAAUCUGGAAACUGUGAUUGAAAUGUGCAUUUUGGAUUUAGCUGUAUUGAUUGAGAUAUUUAGCCUUGUAAAUGAUUAACUAUGCUGUACAGUGCUUGCUGUUUGAGCUUGUGAAGACCGACAGCAUGACAGUUCUAUAAUCAAAUUAAGUUAUUUCUCUGGUAGGCUAUUUGUGAGACCAUAACGGUAAACAAGCAUGUCACUGAAGGACUUUUUUUCUCCAUCAUUGCCUUUUUGCUGUUGUCCAAUUUUUUUUUUCCGUACUGUAAGCAAAUUCAGGACAAUUCAUGGCAGAAAGUCGCAGGGUCUAAACAUUAGUGAGAAUGGAGGACACCGUUUUUGUGCUGAUUUAACUAUUUAAGGUGGACUUUGGAAAUGUAUCACUCCCCAAAAGCAAGUUCUUUGUACAGUUACGACUCAUUGUUCUACCUUGUGUAGAAAUUGUCGUCUCAAGGCCUCCUGUUCGUCAUUUUACCGUUGUUAGUUUUUGUUCAGGUGUGGGCACUUGUUCAUUUGUAAUUCAUGUAUGCAUUAGGACUGUAUAGGUAAUACGAUCUUUACAAUAUUGGACUAAUAUUGCUACUAGUAUCUUUUUUAUUAAGUACCUUUGUAAUUUUCACUUUUUUCUCAGCGUUAUGUACAGCAACGAUUCAAACUGUUAUUAAGUGCAUUAUUGUAAUUAUACGUGUUGAUGAGUUUCAAUGGAGAGUUUUUCAUUUUAAACACAUUUGUCCCUGGGCCAAUAGAAGUGCCAGUUCCUCUGGCAUUUUCUCCUCGGUAUCAUAUAAGGUUUGGACACACAUAAUGAUGUAAGUGAAGUCUGUAUGGGCUCAUGAUUUGCCUUUUACCUGAGCUUUCUUGUCUUUGCUGUGGUCUUCUUAAAGUGUGUGUAAGUGUCCCAGGGCUGCAGAGAGCCUUAUCUCAGAGCUCUUGAGAAACAUUUGUACCAUCAUACUGUGCUACAGCGAGACAUCUGUCCUGUUGGUAUGUACGGUGCACUGUGCUACUCUGAGGACUCUCCGCUCAGGAUGGGACCACGCAGGCUGCCGUGAUUUCUGUCAAAUGUCCAAACGUCUCCUCUUGAAUGUAUUCAUGCACCGCCCAGCAUCCACCAUGUGGUCCCAUCCUGCCCGACACAUCAGCACUCUGCAGGAACCUUGAAGCCACCCUCCCUCACCUGUAGGCUACUAGUUUAAAUAUAAAUACUGCAGUUGCUGUGUUUUACUUCACCCCUUUUUUUCUUUUUGCCUGUAUGCUGUACAGACUUAUGAUGCAAAAAUCAAUCCUCAUAUUUUUUUCCUCUUAAUUAUUCUAUAUUAUUGUAAUAUAUUUAAUAUAAAAUAAAACUUUCAUCAACA